AUGUCGAGUAAGCUUAUCCAGUCACCAUCAAUGGCGGCAGCUUCACGAGGAACAAACGCAAAGAUGUUACUCUCUUUCACCAAUCUCAAUCGCAAUACGAUGAGUUUUACUGAAAACCCGUUUCGUCUCAGACCUAUGUUCAUCGGAAAAGUCACAGAACAGAGCUCUGCUUCUUCUCCAAAUCAGCAACAAGAAGAAGAAGACGAAACUGAUGAUAUUACAGUUUCUCAGAUUAAAGAAGAUCUCUACGAAGCUCUCAAAGGGAUCAAUAGAGGAAUUUUCGGGGUUAAUUCGGAUAAAAAAACAGAGAUCGAGCAUCUGGUGAAGCUUUUGGAAUGUCGAAAUCCGACACCGGAGCCGACCGGAGAGUUAGAUAAGAUCGGAGGUUGUUGGAAACUGAUUUACAGUACAAUCACUGUGUUGGGUUCUAAGAGAACCAAAUUGGGUCUUCGAACUUUCGUCUCUCUCGGUGAUCUUCUUCAACAAAUCGACAUUGCUCAGGGCAAAAUGGUCCAUGUGUUGAAAUUUGAUGUCCGGGGACUGAAUUUACACGACGGCGAGUUUAGAAUCGUCGCUUCUUUCAAGAUCACAUCAAAAUCGAGUGUUGAGAUAACUUAUGAAAGCUCAACGAUCGUACCAGACCAGUUGAUGAACAUUUUCAGGAAGAACUUGAAUCUUCUUUUAGGUAUCUUCAACCCCGAAGGACAAUUCGAGAUGUCAUAUUUAGACGAAGAUUUACAAGUAGGAAGAGAUGGGAAAGGGAAUGUAUUUGUAUUGGAGAGAACAGAGAAACCUUAA